AUCUCACACUUUGCCUUUUGUUUCUCAUUUUGCAAUUGCUUUUUCUAGUAUUUGACAUGGAGGAUUGGGCAAUCAUGUCCAAAACAAUAGUUGUGAUUUUGAUAAUGGUGGGUUCAGUUUUAGCCUUAGGUGAUGCAGAGAUUGAUAGAAGCAGUUUUCCAAAAGGAUUCAUGUUUGGAACUGCUACCUCUUCCUAUCAGGUGGAAGGUGCAUAUUUGGAAGAUGGGAAGGGUCUCAGCAAUUGGGAUACUUUUACACACAAUCGCCCUGGAAGUAUCAUGGACCGAAGCAAUGGGGAUGUAGCUGAUGACCACUAUCAUCGUUACUUGGGAGAUAUUGAUUUGAUGUAUUCCCUUGGAGUGGAUUCUUAUCGCUUCUCCAUAUCAUGGUCUCGAAUUCUUCCAGUUGGAAGAGGAGCUAUCAACAAGGAGGGAAUUAAGUUCUACAAUGAUCUUAUCGAUGCAUUGCUCUCCAAGGGAAUAGAACCGUUGGUGACAUUGAAUCAUUAUGACCUACCACAGCACUUACAGGAUGAAUAUGGCGGCUGGUUAAGUCCCAAAAUUAUAAAGGACUUCGAAGCAUUUGCAGAAAUUUGCUUUGCAGCUUUUGGGGACAGAGUGAAAUACUGGGUGACAUUCAAUGAGCCAAAUGUAUUUAUUGAGAAGGGUUAUCUAACGGGACUUUACCCACCAGCUCGGUGUUCUUGGCCUUAUGGGAAUUGCAGUGAGGGCAAUUCAAAAACAGAACCCUACCUGGCUGCCCAUAAUGUUAUAUUAUCACAUGCAGCAGCAGUAGAUAUCUACAGACAAAAAUAUCAGAGUAAGCAUGCAGGAUCUAUUGGUAUUGUGAUAUCUACUGUAUGGUACAAGCCUAUGAGGAAUCAAACAGAUGACAGAGUUGCAGUGCACAGAGUGUUAGCAUUCGAAACGGCCUGGUUUCUAGACCCAAUUGUUUAUGGGCAUUAUCCUCCUGAAAUGCGCCAAAUGUUAGGACAGCGUCUGCCUACGUUUUCCAGGCAAAUGCAGGAGAAAUUGAGAGGAUCUUAUGAUUUUAUCGGCCUUAACCAUUACAGCACAUUGUACGCCAGGGAUUGCCUCUUUUCUCAUUGUUUGAAAAUAACCAGUUAUCCGGAUUGUCUCGUCUAUAUAACUGGUGAGAGAGAUGGAAUACCUAUUGGUGAGCCGACGGGCAUGGAUGGGAACUUUGUUGUGCCGGAAGGUAUAGAGAAAAUUGUCAUGUACGUGAAACAAAGGUAUAACAGCCCAAUUAUAAUCAUCACAGAAAAUGGGUAUGCUGAACGGAAUGAUUCCUCGGCUUCACCGGCAGAUGUUGUAAAUGAUGUUGGAAGAGUUCAGUAUUUGAAAAGCUACCUAACAUGUCUGGCAGCCGCCAUACGAAAAGGAGCAGAUGUGAGGGGCUACUAUGUGUGGUCAAUUCUGGAUAAUUUUGAGUGGAUCUAUGGCUACACUCAACGUUUUGGCCUUUAUCAUGUUGAUUACACCACAGAAAAACGACUUCCUAAGCUUUCCACCAACUGGUACAAAAGCUUCCUUAACAAAAGCCAAGGAUCAUAUCACUUUCCACAGGUCAAGAAAACAACCAACAAGCUAAAGGAACUCUUUACAGAUAAGCUGAAAGCUACAUCUGUGAUCUGAUUGUGAAUAUAUUCUCUGUGGUUGAUCUCAUAUUUCUGUUAAUCACCAUCUGCAUGGUAAUCCGAUUGUGACUUUACACAUUUUAAUAAUCUCCUACUUCUGUUAAUCGCCAUGUACAUGGUGAUCCGAUUAUGACUUUAUAUACUUUGAUUAAUCUCACAUUUCAGUAUAUAAUUCAUUUUUAUUAGAAAUGAAAGAACUAUUGCCUCGA